UACCAAGCAGUGCUUCUGCUCCAUUGUCACCUUGGAGCCCAAAGUACUUGGCAGCAGUUUGAUUGGAUGGCUCCUCUUACUUCUCUAACAUGCAGGAAGAGUUCACUGUAACAAUUUAGUUUACUAAACCAUUAGCUUUAUUUUAGGAAAGUUACUAUUUUGAUCUCAACAGAACUUGAAGGCUUGUAUCACAAUGUAUUGUGGAGAUUACAUACAAGGAACAAUUUUUCCAGCUCCAAAUUUUAACCCCAUUAUGGAUGCUCAGUUGCUAGGAGGAGCCCUACAGGGAAUCAGUUGUGAAAAAGAUGUGUUGAUUGACAUCCUAACACAGCGCUGCAAUUCACAGCGGCUCAUGAUUGCUGAGGCAUACAGAGACAUGUAUGGCAGGGAUUUGAUGACAGACCUAAAAGAGAAUCUCUCUCAUCACUUCAAAGAAGUCAUGGUUGGCCUAAUGUAUCCACCUGCAUCCUAUGAUGCCCAUGAGCUCUGGCAUGCACUCAAGGGAGUAAACACAGAAGAAAAGUGUCUAAUUGACAUAUUAGCCUCAAGAUCAAAUAUGGAGAUAUUCCAGAUGAAAGAAGCCUACUUAACACAAUACAACAGUGAUCUUCAACAAGAUCUUGAUUCUGAGACUUCAGGUCACUUCAGAGAUACUCUCAUGAACCUCGCUCAGGGAACAAGAAUGGAAGGAUAUGCAGAUCCUUCUACAGCUGCUCAGGAUGCAAUGAUUCUAUGGGAAGCCUGUCAGCAGAAAACAGGCGAACACAAAAACAUGCUGCAAAUGAUACUGUGCAACAGGAGUUACCAGCAGUUGUGGAUGGUUUUCCAGGAAUUCCAAAGUAUCUCUGGGCAAGACUUAGUAGAUGCCAUCAAUGACUGCUACGAUGGAUAUUUUCAAGAAUUACUGGUUGCAAUAGUUCUCUGUGUCCGUGACAAGCCUUCCUACUUCGCUUACAGACUCUAUAAUGCAAUUCAUGAUUUUGGGUUUCACAAUAAAACAGUCAUAAGGAUUCUCAUUGCCAGGAGUGAAAUUGACUUGAUGACUAUACGACAACGAUACAAAGAGAGAUAUGGGAAAUCACUCUUUCAUGAUAUUAAACAUUUUGCUUCAGGGCAUUAUGAGAGUGCUUUACUUGCUAUCUGUGCUGGUGAUGUUGAAGAUUAUUAAGAAAGAAGAUUAUGGAUUUUGAAGGCUGUAUAAAUUGAUCUUAAGUGGAAAUUCAAGCUAUACACAACACUUUGUAAUUGUAGGAGGUAUCUAAUCUAUUAAAGGAAUCAGAAAAGUCAGUACCAAACAUUUGACAAUUUUAAAUCUUUUUUGAGACAAGAAAAAUGUAAACACAUUGUCAGGAACAUGGUUUUAUCUCUAUUUCAGAUUAAUGUUUGUUACUGUUAUUAUUGUAAAUUAAUGGAAGAAUUGGUAAAAGUACUUUAUGUAAACACGCAUUUAUGAUUUAGUCACGCAACACUCCAGAACCUUAACACAAUAGACUUGGUGAUCCUUUAACUCUAUUCACAUCUGUUUUGAUGAGGAAAAAAAGUCACUAGAAGAUAAGGCAUUUCAUGGCUUUCUGCAGAGAACUCCAAAGGAUUAAAUUUCGACGUGUCAUUUGCACCUUUGUCAUUUAAAUCAUUGGAAGCCCCUUGCAGAGCGAGCUCUGAGCUGGCUCACAACGGCUAACACUUCACUCCCAAAGGUUCAAGGAUGCAGUGCUCCUCAGAGAACAUUUUGUGACAACUCAUACCACAAUGAACGAAGCGUAGAACAAAGUCAUAAACCCAAAGAUAAACGUAAUGCUCCUUUAUAAAAAUCUUUGCAGCCUAUCAGUUAAACUUGACACGUGUAUUUGUAUCUCCUACCUAGCUGUUCUGACAAGAGAUUUGCAAGUAUGGGAAAGUGAGGUAAUACUACACUUCAGUGACAUUCCAGUGUUCUUUUUACCUUUUGUUUUGCCUUAUUUUCCUACAGAUCUUCCAUCCUGACAUAGACCUUCGCUUUGUUUGAAAUAGGCACUUUGACCUUCUGCCAACAAGACUCACUAUAACAGAACAAAACACUACUAUUAAAACAAAUAUGUCCUUGACUUUGUGCUGUCGUACCACCUCCAGUCUGAAAAUAACGUAUUUCCAGCAUAUCUUGGUUUUCACAAACACUCAUACCCUAAACUUAUCAUAAACUUGAAAUUUUAGUUGGGUCCCUCUUGAGUUUGAGGAACUUCAAAAUACUUGAGGUAGAAAAUAAAAUUAUCGAGGCAGAACUUUAGACUGAACGGUUCUAGAAGGGAAGCCGACUGCCCAAAAAGUAAGAUAGCGAUAAGCACGAUACCAAUAUAUUAGCAUUAACAAAACGCUAAACUUGGGUUACGGCCUUGCAAGUGUAACUACG